AGGUGCGAUAUCUUGGCUCUAUUUAUAUCAUUCGUUUACUCAUCCAUUUGCUCCGCUGGUUUUCAUAAGCAAAUCAUUGAACUCACAAACAUGAAGACUGCUUUGWUUUUACUGGUUGUUGUUGUUCUGUGUUUGUCGUGCGAGGGUUUAAGCUUUCGGCGUUUUCGUUGGCCAUGGAACCGCUGGCGUUCUCGAUCUUCUUGCAUGCAGCCAAAGGCUCCUGGACGUUGCCUUGCAUAUUUCCCACGAUUCUACUACAAUGUGCGGACAAAACGAUGCGAAAAAUUCAUCUAUGGGGGCUGCGGUGGAAAUAGGAACAGAUUUUAUACACUGAAAAAGUGUCAACAGGCAUGUGUGGCCAAAUCCGGCUCCAGUCGCUGCAAUCAGCCUAAGGUCACCGGUCCAUGCCGUGGUUUCUUCUGGCGGUACUACUACAACAGCGUCAGAAGAACAUGCAGUUUGUUUAUCUAUGGUGGUUGCCGCGGCAACAGUAACCGAUUCUUGACAUCAAAGAGUUGCAGGAAAGCGUGCAUGUGAAGUGAUCUGCAUGUAAACCAGGCUUAACUUWAGUAGAAAUACAAUACAAAUGUAAAAGAAAGUAAUAAAAAGCUUUGGUGAUGUUGUUGUA